AUGAUAAAAAAAUUUAAUGUUGGUUAUAAAUUAAUCAGUCUCCUUUUGUGCACCCUAACCAUAAUUAAUGCGCAAGAAACGGAGGAUCCGCCUAGAAUAGUUACUUUGCCAGGACCAAAUGUUGAAGGGAUACCAGCGACGACAAAAGUUGGAACUUAUCCUGAUAGUGAUUUCACUAAAUUAUUAUCUUAUUCACUUUAUUUUUACGAAGCGCAACGAAGUGGUAUCUUGCCUCCAAACAAUCGAGUUCCAUGGCGACACAAUUCUGCAUUGAAAGAUGGAGAAGAAGGCUUUGAUCUAACUGGGGGAUAUUAUGAUGCAGGGGAUUAUAUCAAAUUUACAUUACCGUUAUCAUGGACAUUAUCAAUGAUAAGUUGGGGAGGAAUAGAAUGGUUUAAAGGAUAUGAAUUAUCAGGACAAGAGAAAUAUUUGCAUGAUAUGGUUAAAUGGGGAACGGAUUGGUUAAUCAAGGCGCAUUCACUUGAGACCAAUGAAUUAUGCGUUGAAGUAGGAAUUGACAAGAUUGAUCACAAUUAUUGGGGUUCCGAUCAGAAUAUUCCAUUACCAAGACCCGUAUUUAAAGUAGGUGACGAUGUGCACGGAACCGAUGUAGCAGCAGAAACCGUAGCGGCGUUUGCAAGCUCGUCAAUUUUAUUCAAAGAUAAAUUUGGGGAAUUAGAUUAUGCCAAAUUAUUAUUAACACAUGCCAAAAGAUUGUUUGAAUUUGCAGAAUUAAAACCUAUGGAUGUAUAUAGUAAACAAGUACCGGAAGCAAUUUUAUACGGUGCACGUCGUUAUCAAGAUAAAUUGGUUUGGGCAUCCCUUUGGUUAUAUAGAGCAACGGGUGAACAAAUAUAUUUAAAUAAAGCACGUCAAUAUUUCGUCUUGUUUGCAAUGAAAGGUUAUAUGCAAAUCAUUAAUUGGGCCGAGAAAACUUGUGCGACGUUUAUAUUAUUUGCUCAAUUGACGAAUGGAACCAAUUUCAUGGAUGAAUUAACAUGGAAAUCAGAAUCAGAAAAUUAUUUGGAUAUCAUGAUUAACCCCAGUCUCUUGCCUGGUAAUCGAUGUAGUUACACUCCCGGUGGAUUACUUUGGUGUACUGGUGAUAGUGAAUUUAAUAGUUUAAAUGUUGCUUUAAAUAUCGCUUUCGUUUCUUUGAUUUACGCUCCUUAUGCUACCACUGAGGAGAAGAAGAAAAAGUAUAAGGAUUUCGCAAAUUUUCAAAUUAUGUAUGCUCUUGGUGAAAAUCCAAAGAAACAUAAUUAUGUGGUUGGAGUUAACCCCAAAUCCCCUCAAAAUCCUCAUCAUGCUGGUGCUCACGGUAGUGUUAAUAAUGAUUUAUUAUCACCUGUCAAAACCACCAAUAUACUUUAUGGUGCCUUGAUCGGCGGUCCCGGCGUGAAUGAUGAUUUCAAUGAUGAUAGAACUCAAUAUAAUUUCACAGAGGUAUCGUUGGAUUAUAAUGCACCAUGGCAAGGAUUAAUGGCAUAUCAAGUUUUGAAUUAUAUCCCGACAAUCCCAAAACCAAAACCUCCAACGAACGAACCCAAAAAAUCAAAGGACAUACCAAGCUCCAACAAUAAUAAUGUAUCAAAUAAUGAUACACCUAUUGUGUCUUCUGGUCGUAAAACUGGUAUAAUAGUUGGUACUUCACUUGGUGCCAUAUUCUUAAUCAUUGGCGGAUUAUUUGCUUGGAAACAUUCAACGAUCCUUAAAUGGUUUGGCAAAAAACGUGAGGAAAUCGAUAAAAUUGUAAAACGUAAUAAUGUUGGUAAUAAUAGGCGUAAUAGUAGUAGUAUUCAUGCAGAAAGUAACCUUCCACAUCAUAUUCCGUAA